GAACCUCCUCCUCAACAUAACACACAUCAACAAUUAAAUCUCUCUCUCCCCCCCCCAAAAAAAAAAAAAAAGAAAAUCAAAUUUCAUAACAAUAAAGAAAGAAAGAAAGGCAAAUUAUAAUGGAAGUAGUUCAAGUUCUUCACAUGAAUGGGUCAGGAGCUGGAGAUUUUAGUUAUGCCAACAAUUCCCUUCUUCAGUCAAAGGUGAUAUUGAUGACGAAGCCGAUUGUGGAGGAAGCGAUAAACAACUUAUAUUGCUCCAGUUUCCCAACAAAUUUCACCAUAGCCGAUUUGGGAUGUUCUUCAGGACCAAACACUUUAAUGGCAGUUUCUGAACUGAUUAAAGUAGUGGAAGAAAAUCGACAAAAACACAACAAACAACCAAUUGAAUAUCAAGUAUUGUUAAAUGACUUACCUGGAAAUGACUUCAAUACAAUCUUCAAAUCAUUGCCUAAUUUCCUUGAAAAAUUGAAAAUGGAAAUUGGAGAUCAUGAUAUUGGGCCUUGUCUCUUUAAUGGGGUGCCUGGUUCUUUCUAUGGAAGACUAUUUUCUUCAAAAAGUGUGAAUUUUAUUCAUUCUUCAUAUAGUCUUCACUGGUUGUCUAAAGUUCCAGAAGGGUUAGAGGGAAAUAAGAGAAAUAUUUAUAUGGUAGAUACAAGCCCAAAGAGUGUGGUGGAGGCUUAUUAUAAACAAUUUCAAAACGAUUUUGAAUUGUUUUUGAAAUGUAGGAGAGAAGAAUUGGUGAAGGGAGGAAGUAUGGUUUUAACACUUUUGGGAAGAAGAAGCCAGGAUCCAACUAGUAAAGAGUGUUGUUACAUUUGGGAGCUUUUGGCUAUGGCUCUUAAUGAUAUGGUUUCAGAGGGAAUUAUAGAAGAGGAGAAGUUAGAAAGUUUCAACAUACCCAAGUACAUGCCAUCACCAACAGAAAUGAGGAUUGAGAUUGAAAAAGAAGGCUCUUUUGUGGUUAAUCGCAUUCAAGUUUCAAAAAUGGAUUGGAAUAUUGUUUACAAAGAUAAUGGUAACAAAGAUGAUAAUGGUGGGUACAAUGUAGCCAAGUACAUGAGAGCUGUGGCUGAGCCAAUUCUUAUAAGUCAUUUUGGAGAAGCAAUCAUCGAUGAAUUGUUCAUCAGAUAUGGGCAGAUUAUUGUGGAUCGAAUGGCUAAGGAGAAACUUGAGUUUGUCAAUCUCACUAUUUCUCUCACUAACAUAAAUUCAGAUCGGGAAGAGUCCCCGCCGAUUGUGGAGGAAGCGAUAAACAAUUUGUAUUGUUCGAGUUUUCCUACUAGUUUGGCAAUAGCUGAUUUGGGAUGUUCUUCGGGACCAAACGCUUUGAUGGCAGCUUCUGAACUGAUUAAAGCAGUGGAAAUAAUUCGUCAAAAACUGAAGAAGAAACCAAUUGAAUAUCAAGUAUUGUUAAAUGACUUACCGGGAAAUGACUUCAAUACAAUCUUCAAAUCAUUGCCUAAUUUCCUUCAAAAUUUGAGAAGGGAAAUUGGAGGUGAUGUUGGGCCUUGUCUUUUUACUGGAGUGCCUGCUUCUUUUUAUGGAAGGCUUUUUCCUAAGAAAAGUGUCCAUUUUGUUCAUUCUUCUUACAGUCUUCAUUGGCUAUCCAAGGUUCCUGAAGGGUUGGAGGAGAAUAAAAGAAACAUAUACAUGACUGGUAAUAGCCCCAGGAGUGUUGUGAAGGCCUAUUACAAUCAAUUCCAAAAGGACUUUUCAUUAUUUCUCAAGUGUCGUGCACAAGAAUUGGUGGAUGGUGGUCGUAUGAUUUUGACAUUGCUAGGAAGGAGAAGCCAAAACCCAGCUAGCAAAGAAUGCUCUUACAUUUGGGAGCUUUUGGGUCUAGCUCUUAACGACCUAGUCGAUCAGGGAAUCAUAGAAGAGGAGAAAUUGGAGAGUUUCCACAUACCCAAAUACAUGCCAUCACCAAUAGAAAUAAGGAUUGAGGUUGCAAAAGAAGCAUCUUUUGUGAUUGAUAGCAUUAAAGUUUCACAAGUAGAUUGGAACGUUUCGGAUAAUAAUGAAAUGAACAAAGCAAAAUCAGUAGAUGUAAGUUUGAAGGGGAGUGGAUACAAUGUAGCAAAGUACAUGAGGGCAGUGGCUGAACCAAUUCUUAUCAGUCAUUUUGGAGAAGAAGUUAUGGAUGAAUUGUUCAUCAGAUACAGAGAAAUCAUUGCAGACCGUAUGGCCAAAGAGACAACUCAAUUUUUCAAUGUCACUGUUUCCCUUACUAAACCAAGGUAUAUGUGUAAGAAUGUGAAUGUGAGGUGAUGAGACAAAAGAAUU